AUGUCGAAGCGUUCCGCCAAAGCACAGGCAAGCAGUGCGCGGGCGACCACAACACCCACAUUUGGCGCAUUCGGCGGCGCGACACAGGCCUUUGGCGCAAGCUCGUCGACCCUUUCCUACGUGUCGGAACCCCCGGACCUCACUGCCAUAUCCGAUCCCAACGUCGUCGUCUAUUUCCGCAACCUCUCCAAGAAGGACAGCACCACCAAGGCAAAGGCACUCGAAGACAUACAGGCAUAUGUGUCGGCACUGCAAGAGCCAGUGGAAGACGGGCUGGUUGAGGCAUGGAUCAAGAUCUACCCCCGCACAUCCAUUGACAAUGCGAAAGCGGUGCGUCAAAAUGCCCAUCUUGUUCACGGCCACAUUGCCCUGUCCGCCGGCAAGCGCAUGGCGAAGUACAUGCCCAAGAGCGUUGCAGCUUGGUUAUGUGGUCUCUACGACAGCGAUCGGUCCGUGGUGGAAGCGACACAGACUUCACUGCGCCAAGUCUUCAACUCGCCCGAGAAGCUACAGAGUAUCCGCAAGGCCUACCAACAACCCAUUAUGGAGUACUGUAGAGAUGCUAUAGAUAAGGAGAGCACCACAACCCUGAGUGACGAGCGGAUAGUUAGCAAAGACGACGCAGAGGCAAAGUACAGCCGCGUCAUUUCGGCAUGCAUAUCCCUAUUGGGUAGUUUGUUAGCCAACCUACAGUCUGAGGAGCUAUCCAAAUACGAGACAGACUACAAAAGUGUCUUCUGUGAUAAGAAGCUCUGGAACUUUGCCUCGUAUAGCGACGCUAGAAUCCGUCGCUCAACCCACCGUCUCCUAAAGACUUGCUUGGCCAAGGAACAUGUUUCCAUAAAAGAUAAUAUCGACAUCAUCAGCAAGGCCUAUUUGGCUGAGGCACUGAAAUCUGACCAGACAGGUUCUGUUAGCGAUUACAUUGACUCCUUAACGCUUCUGACCACCAAGUACCCCUCCGUAUGGACUACAGAUUACACCAGUAAGACGGCUGUGGAAAGGCGCCUAAGACAAUUCCUCCAGAAGGGCUCUCAGUUCGGCCCAAGAGACUUCUGGGAUCGUCUGACCGAGUUGUUCAAGGUUAUCCCGAAAGAAGUCUUGCCGACACAGGAGACAGAAGCUGCCGAACUGUUGCGCGCCCUGCACAUUGGUAUUGUUCGCAAGGACGAGCCGAAGUACAAUGCUGAAGCAGCGUUUAGUGCCUAUUUGGACAUAGCGGGACUUCUUCUUCAGCCUCUGGAAGGCACGGAAAGAACGAAGCUCUUACAGGAGAUGGUAUUGCUCAUCUUGACACAAUACUUGCAACCAUCUCUAGAAAAUUCGCAAUGGUCAAUGCCAGCCAACGCUACGAAUCUGUUUUCGAAAGCGUUGCGAAUCGAAGGAAUGAAAGUCGUGCUUGAAGAGCAGUGGCCUUUGAUGUCCAAACAACUAAUUGACAAUAUCAAAACCUCGGCUCCUGAGCAGUCAAAAGACUAUGAAAAGUCUCAAACUGGUGUGGUUCAACAGGCCACGCGCUUCGCCAUUGUGCAAGAUCACGCUCUGCAGAUCGAUAAUCUUGCAACCCUGCGCCCCGUUCUCAUUGAUUCGUGUGCCUCGAUAGUAGCAGAAGCUCUCGAGGUGCUUAAAAAUCGGAACGGCAAGCCUUACGGCGCAGCGGGCACUGUUGCGGCUAUUUUGAAGCGUAGUCCCAGCUUGAUAUCAUCCACUCAGGCGGAGCAAGACUUGGAGCUUUUUAUACAACAGGAUCUCCACACACUGGUACUAUCGCCGUCGUCUUCUUACUUGAUUGACGUGCUUUACUCCAAGUCAGAUUGUGCCUUUUUCAAGGAUGCGUGGAGCGCAUCUUUGAAGGCUGUACUGAAAGAGACGGACUCCCCAGGGAAAACGAAGGCGUUGGAAUCCAUCUUGACAUCCUCUAGAAUACCAUCGGCUUUUGAUCUCGCUACAUCGGACCCCGAAUUGCAAAAGUACAUCAUCGCGAAUGUCCGAGAAGCUGUCGAAGGUGAGGCAGAAUGGGAUUCCUUUAGUCGUAUGCUUUCAUCUCCAGCAAAAGUACUGGCUCCGGAGACAACAGACGACAUUCUCGCCUACAUGACAAAAAGUCUGUCGAUAUCACAGCAAGCUCCAUAUUCACUGCAGGGCCUACGUCAGAUUGUCAAAUCAAAGCCGUCUAUGCUGCGUGAGUUUCUCGCGAGACCACAGGGAUCUGCCCUUCUGCAAGGCUUGCUUGUUGCCUCUGAGUCACCGAGUGAUGAGGUGUCACAGGCUGCUACGGCUGUGAACGCAUCAAUUCGUACCUUGUUAUCGUCAAGUUCGGAUUCCACCCAGUCUAUGUAUGAUCUCAUCCAACAAGGCAUACGAGAUGCUACUUCAACAUCUGUCUCUGUCGAAACUCUGGUAGAUUUGGCCAAGCAAUCAGUCAAGACAGGCGGUGACUGGACCGAGAUCUCAAAAGUCUUCCCUAGUCUAGAAGAUUGGAACGCAGCCCUCAAACCCUUCCUGAAUGCUCCGCCUAGGUCGUCAUUGGCGAUUACCAAUCCACUUGGAGGCGCUGUAUACCUUGUCAAAUCGACCCAACCUUUAUUGCAGGCUGAAACCACGCCACGGGAUUCCGAUGGGAAUUCUUCUGCGUACAGGAUGACCCAGUAUGUUACAAGACUCUUCAAGAACCCGGAGCUCUUUCCUAUCGACAACGUACCUCGUGAACUUCGGGAUGCAUAUCUUCGCAACAUCGCGGUCGCUGUACAGCUUGCGGACGACAACCUAGGUCUUGCCGGCUCUAACGGCUUCUGGUCUCACUACGACUCUUAUGCUGAAGCUGAUGCAAUGACCUUCAUGUCGGAUGCACAAUCAUUCGUGGCCCAGGAGCUGAAGAGCUUAGUUGCAACUUGGGGCAGUAACAAUCCUGACGCUUCUCUGAUGACCUGGGCGGACAAGCUGCUUUCUGAUAUUGACGUUGAUGCCACGUCUGUGACAUACUAUAACGCACGGACUUACAGCGUUCUGCUCACAGAUGCCAUCGAAAUUGCCGCAUGGAAGAACGCCCACACUAGUCAACUGCAAGAAAUACUCAAAGCCACGCGCAAGAACAAGAACUUCUUUCAGAUUCUCGCAUUGAUCAAUGCCUUUAGAGAACCGUUGUCAGAGGCCAAGGCCUGUGAAAGAAUGUGCAACGAGAUCGUCGCCGACUUGACCGGUCUGGACAUAGAAAAGGACUGGCCAGUAGCCCUCCAUCAGAUCGUCCUAUUGAACAGUCUCCUAAACCAGGACGGCAUCUUGGAGAGUAUUGCUAAGUUGCCUGGUAAACUUUGUCCAGCACGUUGCUCCUUGGCUUCAACAAGAAGACCUUGCUCUUCCAGUGAAGGCAGAGUUGUGCCGCGCUUUAAUGGAGACUGGAGUACCAUACUGAAUGCGCUCGCGGGGAUCUGGUCAUCAACAAAAGAGCUGGAAGCAAAUGAAUCUGAAACGGGCAGUUCCAUACCGUUGAUACACGCAUCCCUAAAGUUAUAUGCCAAGCUGCGAACCCUUACCGAGGAGGAAGAAACGAAUGACGAUCUACUAGAGGCCUGGAAGGAGAUGGAGCAACCUGUGGCCGAUGGAUUAAUCAAUCUUCUGAAGCACUCACAACACUUCCCCGACGAAUUCCACCAGCCGCUCAAAAUGGUGAAUGAUGUACUAGCGCGUCAGAUCUCUAAGGUUUCACUGAAGCAUCUGGAUUCCACUGAAGAGCUCUUCCCAUUACUCUAUGUCGAGUCACAGCCUGUGCAGCAGACUGCCUUUGAUAUUCUUCACAAGCAGAUCCCCGCAGCCCAGGAGCAGAUCUCCAUUGACGCGGCAUUGGAGAAGAACACUGCACGCCUGCCAGAGGAGCUGCUAUCUCUCAUCAUAGAGGCCCCUAAGGUUGCAACAUUGGCGGAAGCGAACUUGGAUCGGAGUGUACCUUUGCCAUUACGAGGCUACCUACUGAGCUGGCUACUAGUCUUUGACCACUUGGAGCAUGCAUCUUUCAAGGUCAAGAACGACUAUGUCGAGCACAUCAAAGAGGGGGAAUACCUUCCAGGCCUCCUCGACUUUGCUUUUGACUUUCUUGGUCACAUGCACAACAAGCCGGUCGACGUGUCCAAACUUGACAUUACUACGUACGAACCCGACGCCGAACCUCCUAAGCGCGACCUGCAGUGGUUGCUGACACACUUGUACUUUUUGUGUCUGUGUCAUGUCCCGUCCCUUACCAAGACGUGGUUCAAGAACUGCAAAUCGCGCGCCUUGGUUGUUGCUCUCGAGCCAUGGACCGAAAGAUACGUCUCACCACCUGUAAUUGUUGCCGCGCUCGAGGCAGUGAACACAUGGUCAGAGGAGCAAUCGGCAGCCGAACCCGACUCCCCUUUCACCGUCAAAGUCGCCAGUCGCGCCCGCGAGAUAACCGCCUCAUACACGGUGGACGACCAAACAAUGUCGAUGCGCAUCUCUCUUCCCGCCGCCUUCCCUCUCGCAAACGCACACAUUGAAGGCAUCAACCGUGUCGCUGUCAGCGAAACCAAGUGGCAAUCUUGGCUCCGUACAUCCCUUGGCGCCAUCACCAUCUUCAACGGCUCCCUCAUAGACGCAUUGACAACGUUUAAGAGGAACGUAGACGGAGCAAUAAAGGGACAGACCGAAUGUGCGAUUUGCUACAGUAUUGUCGGCUCAGACAGGAAGUUGCCAGACAAGAAGUGUGGAACUUGCAAGAACUUGUUCCACGGUGUUUGUCUGUUCAAGUGGUUUAAGAGCAGUAACAGUCCGAGCUGUCCUCUUUGCAGAACGAAUUUCCAUUAUGCUUAGGGUUUGGAUGAUUUGCAGGACGGAUUGGGCGUGUAGAGUAGAGCAGGAUCAAGUAGGAUAGAGUAGGUAUGCUAUGUAGCGGGCUACGCUGGCUGGCUGGCGCUAUCACUAUCUCGACGCGUGACGUAGACGCGUUGUUAGUGUUAGUGUUGAAUAAAAGUUACCUCGGCUGA